UUUCAACCGUUCCACAUUUUGCUGCCUUACGCGCGUACAUAGAGGGGUCAGGCCGAGAAAUAUGGCUAAAAGUGAUGGAUAUGCAUAUUUCAGAAGAACAAGUCUCUUUUGGAUAAUAACGGUAACACUGUCAAUGGGAUACUUCACAUGGACAGUGUUUUGGCCAUCAGAAGUCCCCUAUGGGAGCUUGGGUCCGCUUGGUUCUCUUUCCAAGUACCUAGUGGAUAACCACUACCAUUACAUGUACUACGGCUGGUGGAUGUCUUGGGCAGUCCAUAUGAUGGAAGCUAUUCUUGCCUUGAAAAUGUGCGGUGAUAAAGGGAUUGAGAGUGCAUUGGCACGCACUCUCUGGUUUGGACAGACAUUUCUGUUUGGGUUCGCCUCCCUGGGUCUGCUCCUCAAAUACAAGCCUGAUAAACGGGCCAAACAGCAAUGACGAGGAUGAGGAUGAUGAAGAAUGCCAUAUUUCUGCUGCUAACCACUCUGGAUAAGGACAGUCACUCCCAUAAAUGCAUUCACUGCUGAUUCCAAGUGUGCUCCUCUCUCUCUACUCGGUCUGCCUUUUUGAAGUUUAGUGCUUGAUUGGUUUCAGGACUGGACGAGCUGAGUUUAUAACUGAAUAAGUAACAUUCCAGUUCUGUUGGGGCACUAUAUGUUUUUUUUUUACAGUGUGAUUUUAAUCAGAGCCAUCAAUCUCUGAUACAGAGGCCUUUUUGUUUAUUUGAACGUGCAUCAAGUUGAAGACUAAAGUGCUCCUUUUGAAGAGUAGAUUAAAAAUGGAGUAUUCUAAAAAGAUGAUGGUAUGAGUACUUGAUUCUUGUUUUAGACAUUAAACAUUCCAUGCAAAAUCUAGUGAUUAUGAUGUAGAUUUUACCAAGACUCAUGACUUUUUAACUUGUCCACAGUCCAUAGCUUUUCUCAUGAUGAGUGCAGAACAAAUCCUUUGCUAGUAUAUCGAAAGUAUUAUUGGUUUUGUACAUACUCAGAUUUUUAAGUGCAUUCGACAGUUAGAGGUGAUUUAAAUCAUUUUUGUGAAUUUUAUAACAAUUUUCUUGAGUUGAAUAUUCCUUUGUUUUAAUGUCGAAAAAAUAUUACGUUCUAGAAUGCAGUGAUGUGGUUUGACAGUUAUGAAGUUAUCACUUGUCCUGAAAUAACAGCUUCCUCUUGUGACUUUAACACUCAUAUGAGAAAAGUAACUCAGGAGAGAAGCUGUUGAUUUUUCUAUGAAAUAAAGUGAUGGUCAGUUGAAGAUUGAGUGAGUUCACUUUUGAAAUAUGUUAAACUAGUCUUCAUGGUUUCCUCACAGGAGAACAUGAGCACUGAUCAAUCAACAUUACUAUCACCACAAGAACAUUAACAAUAACAUGCUAAACCUUAAGUUUACUUUGUAGUAGCCUUUUAAAGUACAGGAUCUGUAACCUGUAAAAUGAAACCCCAUUAUAAAACUGUCAAAGAACCUGGCCCCUUGUGGAGUCAGCGGUGAUAAUGACUUUGAGUGGACGGUUAUGCAGGGGUCAGGAUGUCCUUAGCUAAUGAUCUUAAAGAAUUAGCGUUGCUUAAUCGCCUGCCUGUCCCCAAGCACUGUCUCCAGCCCUUAAUCAAGAGACUGUCAUCCACUGAGCAGUGAGGUAACACAGUUUCAUUAAAUAACUGUCAACCCUUUUCACUCUCUCGUAUGUAUAAAAGAAUCACAUCCCACUCUAUCCCCAAAUUCACCUUAAACAUGCGUAAAGAGGCACUUUACAGGAACUCUAGUGUAUGUUAAACUCAGACAUGCAACAAAUAAACUAUGACUCAGUAGAGUCCCUUUUUCCUCAUG